AUGAUUGGCAGCGUCUUCUUCAUCUUCAACCGCUUGGUUGAGAUCACUUUCCUGAUCCCAAUCAUUGGCAUGCUGGCCUAUUUUGUUGAUGGUUACCUCAAAGCAAACCAGUUGACCCCACCGUACAUUCUGGUCCUCUUCAUCGUCAGCACAAUCGCCGCCUUCUGGGCCCUCGACACGCUCAUUCGCUUCUCAACAACCAAGCGCUCCGCAAUCUUCGUUUCAUUCGUGGACAUGCUUUUCUUCGGCGCCUUCAUUGCAGCCGUCUACCAGCUCCGCUUCAUUGCCAAAGCCGACUGCGCCCGCUGGCGCGGCGGCACUGUCUGGGUCUCUCUGGGCCCAUUCGGUUCCUGGGGUCAGCGCACAGAUAAUCCUCUUGCGCUGGACAUUAAUAAGACAUGCGCUAUGCUGAAGGCGUCCUUCGCUUUUGGGAUCAUGGAGGCUGUGUUCUUCUUCUGGACUGGAUUGCUCGCGCUCUUCUUGCACCGCUCGAAUGACACAAAGGUUGUCAGGGAGACCACGACGGUCCGGAGACGCAGCCAUUCCAGUCGUCGUGGCCCUGGUUCUGGUUCGCACCACUCGCGUCAUCGCAGCUCUAGCCGUAGCAGACCAGAGUAUGUUGUUUGA